CCCUAUGAGAACAGCGGUACGUGAGCGCAGCCCGCUAACGGCGACGAGAGAACCCGGAUGUUCACCGCUCUAGGCAACAGCUCUGCGCGAGCUGCCUGCUGGUUCCCCACUUCCUGAAUUCACGGCAACAGGAGCCUCCUAGCUGACAUCGCAGCGUAUCAUUUUGUCCCGAUAACCACAAGAUAAGCUUUGGAGUUGUUGUUUUUAUCAAAAACUCCAGCCUCGUCGGCUUGCGUCGAGGAGUGUCGCCGCGCUGCCGCGAUGGUGGAGACUCCAGCCGGCUAUCUGUUUGAAGACAUUCAGUAUGAAGACAUCCAAGUCGAAGCGGCUGUUGGCAGAGGGACAUUUGGAGUUGUCUUCAAGGCCGUAUGGAAAGGAAAAGACGUAGCAAUCAAGACCAUUGAGAGUGAAAAUGAGAGGAACGCUUUCCUUGUUGAGCUCCGCCAGCUCUCCCGGGUCAAUCACCCCAACAUUGUUAAGCUGUACGGCUCCUGCGACAACCCAGUCUGUCUGGUCAUGGAGUAUGCAGAAUGCGGCUCUUUGUAUAACCUCCUGCACAGUGCAGACCCACAGCCCCACUACACCGCCUCGCACGCCAUGAGCUGGUGUCUGCAGUGUGCCGAGGGAGUUGCCUAUCUGCACGCUAUCAAGCCAAAGGCCUUAAUUCACCGGGACCUCAAACCACCAAAUCUGCUGCUCGUGGCUCGUGGCACGGUGUUGAAGAUAUGUGACUUUGGAACAGCGUGUGAUAUUCAGACCUACAUGACCAACAACAAAGGCAGCGCAGCCUGGAUGGCACCAGAGGUGUUUGAAGGCAGCAACUACAGUGAAAAGUGUGACGUGUUCAGUUGGGGCAUUAUCCUGUGGGAGGUCAUCACACGCAAGAAACCCUUCGACGAGAUCGGCGGCUCGGCGUUUUGUAUAAUGUGGGCCGUCCACAGAGGUACGCGGCCGCCUCUGAUCAAAGACCUUCCCCAGCCCAUCGAGACUCUGAUGACCCGCUGCUGGGACAAAGAACCCAGCCAGAGACCGUCCAUGGAGGAGGUGAAGAACACCAUGAGCCAGCUCAUGGAGUACUUCCCGGGCUCCGAUGAACCCCUCAAGCUCCCUCACCAGUCUUCAGACAGCAGAAGCGGCUCCUCGUCGGCCACGAGCACAGACUCGUAUGCUGAGUACACCAUCAAGAGUAACAAGAGUGACGACACCCCGGAACACAGAAACUCUGUUGGCCGAGAGGAAACCCUGAAAAGCUUUGAGGCUAAAUUUCCACUCCAGUUCAAACCCUCGAAGACAGCCACGCUGCGGACUGGGCUGUCCAGAGGGCCCAGCGUAGACAGCCAGCCGGGACGCCCCCAAAGCCCCACGCCCUGCACCAGCCCCACAACCACCACCAGCCAAUCGGAGCUGAGGAUGACGUUUUCUCCCACAGCUACCAAUGGUUUAGACAGCUCCAUUCCCAUGGAUUGCCUGAAACUGGAUCACCAGUUACAGCCGCUGACUCCGUGUCCAAACUCCAAAGAGUCCAUGGCCGUGUUCGAGCAGCACAUCAGGAUGGCGCAGGAGUACCUCAAAGUCCAGUCCGAGAUCGCUCACCUCGCCCUGAGGAAACAGGAGCUAAUGUCGGAGCUGGAGCAGGACCAGAGGGAGCAGCAGACUUCGUCCCGGCUCAUCCAGGAGCACAGCAAGCUGCUGGAGGACAACAGCAGCCUGUCUGCCUACUGCCAGGGCCUGAAGAGCAAACUGAGCCUGAUCAAGAGCCAGAACCAGCACCACAGCUAGGAACAGGAGCACCGCCGCCGCCGCCGCCGCCGCUGCAGACAGUCCCCGUUCCCUCUGACGGAUGAGAGGAAACACUCCAUGCACCUACCGUAAAGUAGGGCAGCCCGUUAACCCCUAAAAAAGAACAUAUUUUACUCAACACAAAACAUUGUACCAAGAUAACCGUAACACAGACGGGGCUAAGUGGGCAGAACUUCGGUCCUCUAACAGGAAGCAUGCUCCAUAUCUCCGCUUUCGCCUGUUGGAAUUUAAGUGAUACAACAAAUACGUUUUU